AAUUUCAGAUGAAGACGUGUUAAAUCAUUUGGAGAGACUGAAGAAAAGAUUCUGCCGUGAGAACGGUGUGACAGUUGCAUGCUUCGCUGUCUUCAGCCACAAAUCCCCUUCCGCUGUCUGAGUAAGACGCACACAUUUCCUCUAUGACGGAGUUAAGCCAUCUUAGUAGAUCUAAGCCGCACACUGCUCCAAUUUUUACCCCUUUAGCAAAGCAACCUACUAGCAUUUACUCAAUUAGAGAGAGGGCUCUAUUUGCACAAUUACAUAGCUGGCGGACUUAUCUCUGCUAUUUCAAAGUAUAGCAAAUUAUUUCAAAAAUACUUCCAACAAAUCGAGCAGAUAGCGUUAUCUACAUAACUACACCUAAAGUACUCUUCUUUUUCAUCAAAGACGGGCUAAUUAUUGUCCUUGCAAGACGAAAAACAGUCGACCAGUUAUAUCACAUCCAGAAAAUAGUCAAGUUGGCAUUGAAAUUCAAGGAAUUUACAUCAAGUUGUCUCACCAAAAAAAAAAAUGAAAGAUAUCACUUUUCUUUCAACCUCUUCGAUUUACAUUCAUUUUCAAUUCAAAAUAUCAGCAGAUCAGUGAAAAAAAUAGUCAAAAAAACUUGGCCAUGCCCAAUCGUUUCAAGUUCCAGGGACCCGAGGGUUCCAUAAUCAUGGAAUUCGACGACAACUGCACUGUAUUCCAAGUUCGGACACUUCUGUCUCAGACAAUUGACCGCAAAGUGCUCGGACUGGUCGCCGCUGCCGACAAGCUGUCGGGAGGAUCUGCUGGAACUAACCAAUCACAGCACUCGGUUAUCCGACUGUUGGACAGUCAAAGAAUGAAGGAAGUUGAUAGAAAAGUGGUGAUGAUGCUCGAGUGUGAAAAAUUAGCGAUGAUGACGUCAGAGGGCGUGAACAAGAAAGAGCCGAGUGAAGGACAGGAAGCGAAGAGUGGUGAAAUGGAAACAAGCUCCACAUCAAAUGAUAAAACUUCCAAUUCCACAGAUCAUGACUCCAAAGAAACAUCAAGUACGGGAAACGAACCUCAAAACACAUCGCCCAAAACAAACUCACACCAAUCUAAGUCUCCAGAGGAAAAGAGGGAGCCACAAGCAACAUUAACACAGCAACCUUUCCCAUCUCCAUUCCUGGAAGCAGCAAGUGCAGGAAUGGCACCCCUUCCGUUCAACUUCAACCCGUUCUUAUUGGUUCCAGCAGUGCUGAAGUACUGUAUCCACUUUGAGAUAGACAAAUUCAAUAUCAAUGCCGAGAUAUUCUCACAUGCAACUAUGGGGUGUAAUGCUGCCACGAUGGAAAAGGUUUUACUGUUGCCAACUGGAGAGUACAUGGACGGGAGUGGGAAGUUCCUCCCUAUUGUGAGACACUUCAUGCAGUGUGAGGAAGGCAGGGCGAAAAUCUACAGCAGAGUGAAGACGGAGUUGAAAAGAGUGGCACAUAAUGCGGCAGCAGCUACAGCUAGUAGUGGCAACAAUGGUGGCCAGGGGAGGGGACUUCAAGGCCAUACCUUACCUCAUCAUAGCCAUACAUCACAAGAGACACCAUCAAACCAACUUCAGAAUGGCGCAACAACCUCAUCAGAAAUUCAAUCAUUCCCUGGUGCAAACAAACAAAUAAACAACAACAACAUGAUGCAACACAACCUCAACAGCUUAAACGACUUGUUUCCCAACAGCAGAAACACUCAAAAUGUAUUCGGAGCUCUGAAUUCACUUCAUCUCUUAGGCUCCAUGCAACGCGAUUCUAUAGACACGAACCCAACUCAAAAUUUAACCCCGACUCCCGCGAGUGUUUUAAGCGUUACCUCUCUUGCAAACGCUACAACAGCAGGAGUAGCUUCUAAUCAGCCUCAAAUAUCACCUAACAGUAGUAGUUUAAGUGGCAAAGCGAGUUCCUAUUUUUCAACAUCAAGCGAAGUUGCAAAAGCAAUGCAGCAACAAUCGAGCGCUAUAGAUUCAACAUCAUCUGGACAGAACAUGAAACGUAUGCGAAGACGAACAACAAUUAGCAGGUCUGCAAAACAAGUAAUGUUCGAAUGGUAUCUCUCAAACGGAAGGUAUCUAACAGCCGAUGGUCGGAGCCUCUUAUCUAGUCAUCUCGGACUCACAGAAGAGAAUGUCCGAGUAUUCUUCAAAAAUCUGCGAAGACUUGAGAAAAAGUGCGAAGACACAGGAGUAUCCCUGUACGAUGCUCUAAAUCGAUCGGAUAGUGAGCAUUCUUCGUUUUCGGAUGAUUUGAAUCUGCUUACACAACAGUCUUUUACAGAAGAGGACGAGGACUCGAGUCCAACUAUGAUAAAACUAGAGACAAUCGAAUGA